CUCGAGCGUGUUUAUAGGGUCAAGCUUCAUCAUCAAGAAGAAGGGCCUACUGCGAGUGUCAGGCACACGGGCAGGUCAGGGCGGCUACGCGUAUCUCAAAGAAUGGCUGUGGUGGACCGGACUAAUGACGAUGGCCUUCGGGGAGGCGGAAAACUUUGUGGCAUACGCGUUUGCACCGGCGACCCUAGUCACGCCUCUAGGAGCCCUCAGCGUCAUCGUCAGCGCGGUGCUGGCGUCGCGCUACCUCAACGAGCGGCUGAACAUCCUCGGCAAGCUCGGCUGCUUCCUGUGCAUGGUCGGUGCGCUCAUGAUCAUCAUACACUCGCCGAAGGAACCGGCUGUCGACACGAUGGAGGAACUCGCUGCGAAGCUCGUCGACCCCGCGUUCGUCACGUACGCGUUCGUCGUCGUCGUCGUCGUUCUCGUCCUCAUCUUCUACUACGCGCCGCGCCACGGCAGCGACAACAUCCUCGUCUACAUCGCCAUCUGUUCGCUCGUCGGCUCGCUCUCCGUCAUGGCGUGCAAGGGCGUUGGCGUCGCCCUCUCCGAGACCUUCUCCGGAGGUUCGUCGUCCGAGUUCGCGAACCCUCUCACGUGGUUCUUCGUCGGCGCCGUCGCCGUGUGCGUCACCGUUCAGAUGAACUACCUGAACCGCGCUCUCGACACGUUCAACACGUCGGUCGUGUCGCCGAUAUACUACGUGUUCUUCACGACGUUCACGAUCGUCGCCUCGGCGCUGCUCUUCCAGGAGUGGCGCCACCUGGCGGCGCAGGACGUCGUCGGGAUCCUGUGCGGCUUCGCGACGAUCGUCGGCGCCAUCUUCCUGCUGCACGCGUUCCGCGACGUCGACCUGAGCGUCGCGAACUUUCGCGAGGUCGUGCGCGCGCUCGACGCGCGGAAGCUCUACGAGAAGCGCAAGAAAGGACACCACGGCAGCAGCACCGCCGGAAGCAGGACCGGAAAUCGCUACGAGCCGACGGCGAGAAACCCCCCGUCGCAGCCGCACCGCGCGCGAACGCACAGCGACACGUCGCGCUCGAGCGUUCGCGGCGUCGGCCGGGACGACGCCGAGGCGACCGUCGGCGCCGACGACGACGACGACGACGAGGACAAGGAGGAGGCGCAGCGGCGGAAGACGAUUUCGCGCGUCGUCAUGGUGACGGCGUUGCUGCUGCUGACGAUGUGCGUGGUGCUGGUCGGUACGACCCUCGGCAUGGCCAACAAGAUCGACGAUAUGG